GCGAGCUGACAGAACGGAUAUGUUCACAGCAACGUGAAGAUGGAUUUUGCUUGUCUGCUGUUGUGGUUACUGACACUCGCAUUGGAAAGCGUCUCGGGCCAGGGGGUGUACGCUCCGCCAACUGUGAGCAUCAUGCACUCUGGUCAAGCAUGUAACAUAGAAGAAGAACGAUAUACAGAAAGGGUAUACACCAUUCGGGAAGGAGAAACCUUGGAGCUAACCUGCCUUGUUAGAGGUCACCCACGGCCACAGAUCAGAUGGACCAAAACAGCAGGAAGUGCCUCUGACAGGUUUCAUGACAACAGUGUCUUCAAUGAGACCCUGAGGAUCACAAAAAUCCAACGUCACCAGGGAGGCCGUUACUACUGCAAGGCUGACAAUGGCUUGAGCACCCCUGCAAUCAAAUCCAUCAGAGUAGAUGUAUACUAUUUGGAUGACCCUGUACUGACGAUACAUCAUAGUAUAGGUGAAGCAAAGGAAUUGUUUUACUUUGAAAGAACUGUAUUCCUUAGGUGUUCAGUCAAUUCAAAUCCCCCUGUCCGAUACAGUUGGCGUCGAGGAAGAGAAAUUCUAUCACAGGGAUCAGACAAGGGGAUUGAGAUCUAUGAACCCUUUUUUACUCAGGGUGAAAUAAAGAUCCUGAAAUUAAAGAAUCUACGUCCUCUGGAUUAUGCGAAUUAUAGUUGCAUUGCAUCAGUCAGAAAUGUUUGUAAUAUCCCUGACAAGAUGGUUUCAUUCAAGCUCAGCAAUGCUACAGCUUCCCCUUCCAUCAAGUUGUUGGUUCCUGAGCAUAUUGUAGUAAACCCUGGGGAUUCACUUUCCAUGGUGUGUGUCACGACUGGUGGAGACCCCCCUCCCACCCUAACCUGGAUCAAGGCCAUUGGACCUCUUCCAAAAACAAGUGUGUUAAAAGGAGGGACCUUAACAUUGCAUUCAAUCAAUGUAGAGGAGGCCGGAGCUUACAGUUGUCUCGCUAACAACAAUGUGGGCAACCCUGCCAAAAAGUCGAGUACAAUCACUGUAAGAGCUUUGAAAAAAGGACGUUUCUGGAUAACACCAGAUCCAUACCAUGAUGAUGACAACAUUCAGAUCGGCCGUGAAGUUAAAAUUUCCUGUCAGGUGGAGGCCAUUCCCCCGGAUGAGUUGACUUUCUCUUGGUUCAAGAAUGGGCGUCCCCUUCGGAGCUCAGAAAGGAUGGUUAUCUCAACAACAGAUCCUGAUGUCUCACCUGGCACGACCAGCCUGGACAUCAUUGACCUAAGGUUCACUGAUUUUGGAACAUACACUUGCGUAGCAUCUCUCAAUAGCCAGGCUGUACCUGACAUCAGCAUUGACGUGAACAUCUCCAGCAGUACUGUGCCGCCAACUUUAUCUGUCCCGAAAGGAAGGUCACCAAUGGUUACACGAGAAGGUGACACGGUGGAGCUACAGUGCUUGGUUUCUGGAAAGCCCAAACCCAUAAUUCUUUGGUCCCGUUUUGAUAAGGAAAAGGAGAAGGAGCUCCCAAUGCCUGAUGGCACCAUGCAAAUGGAAAGCUAUGAUGGAUUACUCCGCAUUGUGAAUGUGUCCAGGGAUAUGAAUGGAAUAUACAAAUGCCAAACAAGCCAGUAUAAUGGGUUUAAUGUGAAACCAAGGGAAGCAGCCGUGCAGCUUAUUGUACAGUACCCACCAAGUGUGGAGCCUACAUUUCUGGAGAUUCGACAGGGUCAAGGCAGGAGCAUUACCAUGACCUGCAGAGUACUGAAAGCCUACCCAACUCGUGUGCUGACCUUUGAAUGGAAGCUGGGCAAUAAGAUUUUACUAACAGGGCGAUUUGAAUCACAGGAUUAUACACAGAUCAGAGUGGACAAUCUUUCCAAAGACAGCUAUGGAGUUUACAACUGCAGCAUAAUCAAUGAGGCUGGUGCUGGCACGUGUAGUUUCCUUGUGACAGGUAAAGCUUACCCUCCUGAAUUCUAUUAUGAUACACCAAACCCACUCUGGCAAAACCGAGCACGCGUGUACUCCUACAUGUUGCAGUGGACUCAGAUGAAUCCAAAUGCUGUUGACCGUAUCCUUGCAUAUCGUUUGGGGAUCAGGCAGGUCUCUGAGACUGGCCAACAGCGUUGGUGGGAACAAGAAAUUUCAAUGAAUUCUAUGAUCCAAUCUGGAGAAUUAAUCACACACAACCUGACUGAACUACUGAAGCCUGAGGCCUAUGAAGUUCGUCUGACACCGAUUACACGAUUUGGAGAAGGUGAUUCCACCAUUCGAGUCAUUAAGUACACUGAUGGAAGAAAGAGAGCUCCCAUGACGAAUCCACAUUUAGGCGAAUUCAACUGUGCAUUUGAAAAUGAGAAGAUCUGUGGAUUCACACAAGAUCGACUUGAUAACUUUGACUGGACGAGACAAAGUGCUUCAACCAGGAAUCCAAAAUACACUCCAAAUACAGGACCCAGUGCUGACCGAAGUGGAUCCAAGCAAGGUUUCUACAUGUAUAUAGAGACUUCCCGCCCUCGAACAGAAGGUGAAAAGGCUCGACUCCUCAGUCCUAUUUUCAGCACACUACCUAAAAAUCCAUAUGGUUCCAUUAACAGUGCUUACUGCGUCAGCUUCUACUAUAACAUGUAUGGAAAGCACAUAGGUACUUUGAAUGUGUUUUUGCGAUUCAAAGGAUUCAAAGGAUCAACUGUGACUGAAAAUCUCAUCUGGACUAUGUCUGGAAACCAAGGGGAACAAUGGAUGCAUGCAAAUAUCAACAUCAAUCCAAGUGGAACUUUCCAGCUGAUAUUUGAAGGCAUUCGGGGGCCCAGUAUAGAAGGGGACAUUGCAAUCGAUGAUGUAACUGUAACAGAAGGUGAAUGCAGGAAAGUUGACCAGCCUGUCAACAAUUUAAAAACUGGUGGUGAAGCCUCCGUAUUAAUACAUUUAUGGCUGUUUCCAGUCACUCUUCUUAUUGCCAUGUUAAGCCAUCGAAGGUGA